UCCAGCAGCCAAUGUCCUUUAUUUUUUUUCCCUUCAGAACUUUAUUACUACAUAAGUGUGCAGCUAGUUACCCCAGGGUUUAGGCUUACGUGCUAACAGUGUUCAAUGCGCCGUAACGGAUGGACGGACAGUGAUCUGAUAAUACACUUGUACUAAAUACUGUCUUCAGCUAGCCCACCCUGUGGUUGCCAUUGGAGACGAGCGGCUGGCUCCUGAGUGUUGCGGUGAGGGACGGGCACUGUCCCGUGUGUACUGCAGUUAGAAUCAAAGCACCCCCCCUCCCCGUUCCUGGGAUAAGAGACAAUGACAGCGUUACUUCUGCGCCCCCUAGCGGCUCGGAGUCGCGCGGCAGCUUGUGGCUAUGGCUGCAAAUGUGGGCGCGAGACGGUGACACGGAGCACGUGCUGCAAAGGAAUUAGUAUGUUAGUUCCAGCAACACAACAGGAUUUUGAUAAAAGGAACAUAUAUUUGGGAGCUGGGAAGACAUUCUACUUUGACACUCAUGCUGUAGUGCAAGUUCUGGAAGCUCAAGGAUUCACAGCUCAGCAAUCGGAGAUCGUUGUAUCCUCACUGGUGAAGAUCAUUAAUGUCAAUAUGGAUUUGUUCUACAGGGACAUGGUUACCAAAGUGCAACAGGAGAUCAGCCUUCAGCAGGUCAUGUCACACAUUGCUGCUGUGAAAAAGGACAUGUUGAUUUUAGAGAAAAGCGAAUUUUCAGCUCUCCGAACACAAAACGAGAAAGUAAAGAUUGAACUACAGCAGCUACAGAAGCAGUGCACUGAUGAAAUUCUUAAAGUUCGAGCAAACAAUAAGUUGGAUUUUAAUCUUGAGAAAAGCAGAGGAAAGGAAAUGCUGGCUGAUAGAGGAAGGAAGCUACUUGAAUUCAGAACAGAAAUUGUAGAAAUGCAAGCGCAACAAGAUCGUAAUCUAACUCAAACCAAAAGGAAAAUUGACACAGAGGUCGCAGGAUUGAAAACAAUGCAAGAAUCCCAUAAACUUGAUACUAUUAAAUACCUAGCAGGAUCAGUGUUUACAUGCCUUACAAUAGCUCUGGGAUUUUACCGCUUGUGGAUGUAAAGUAUAUGUUGAAGACUCAUAUUUUUCGCACGACAAAUUCAGUGGCAUUCCUAUAUUUUAUUCUAGUAAGCAACAGCCAAGCAAGGAAUUAAAAAUGGCAACACCCCCAUUAUCACCACAGCUCCAGCGUUGCCUUAUGGUCAUUUGUAUUUCCGUCCAAGCAAUUAUUUUCUUUUUUGUCUUCUUUACCAUCUUUCCUCUUUAUUUGUUGGCAUCCUUCAUAAAAAAAAAAAAGGGAAAUUUUUCCAUCAGCAGCAGGAUAUUAAUAUUUAAUAAUUUUCUAUUGCAUUCCAAAAAUAAAAUAGUAGUUACUAUCUUGUUCUUCCCAGUUGUAAAUAAAAUGUAUGCAAACAUUUCAAA